GUUGUAUUCUACAUGACAAUGUUGGGAAAAGCACCGUGGCUAAAAACUUCGGGAAAAAUGGAAAAAGUAACAGGCGUAAAGAGUUUAUCCGUGCAUCCGCUGGCGAGAUAAGGAACAGCGACUAUGGAUCUGUAUUUUUUCUCCCUGAUGUGGUUUUCAAUCUGACUAUGGUGUCGAAGGAGGAAAAAGCGCAGAUUUUCUCGCAAUUCCAUUGAAAGUAUAUUUACCCAUGGAGAAAGGAGCAAGUCGGGAGUCAUGAGCACAGGUGUGAAGAAGCCUCCAUUAGCUCCCAAACCUAAACUCCCUGCUACCACCAAACCCUCUCCCCCGCCCAUCGCCCCCAAACCAGGUCUUCUUUCCCACUCUUCGGUCAUCUCCCAACCUUCCCCUGCUACUCUAAAGAGGACAAAACCGGUUGUUGCCCCCAAACCAUGCAUUCCCAAAUCCACAGCUUCACCUCCCCCUGUUUCACCCCCGCCACCCAGACCCAGUGAACUUAUCCUAUCUCCGGAACAACAGGAGGCUUUAGGUGAUAGCCUCUCUCUUCUCAACUCCAAAAAUGGGAUUUUAUCAGAAACUAACAAAUGUGAAUCAUAUUACAUCAUUCCCACCUGCUCCUGUGGGCUUGAGGACUGUUCACAGUGCCAGCGUCUGGAAAACGGAAGUACAACGGGGAUUGAGAGCGAUUUGCACAAAGAGCUGUUGCAGAAUGGGAUUUCUACGGCAGAAAACCGGGAGGAGGGAGUAGUUGUAAAGAAGGGUGAAGGUGGAGGGAUGAGCAAAAAGCCCAGGGAUAAACCUCAAAGACAGAGACACCUGGAUAGGAUAUCCCUAAACAAAGAGCCACAGAGGACAGAGGAGCAGAAGGAAAAAGCUUCAGAGACUAUAAAGCAUCAGGAAAGUACUGCUGCUGAGCCUGAUGUUUCAAAAGCUGAUGUACAGACGGAGGCUCAAAAGAUAGAUGUAACAGACUCUCAGUCAGCCUGUGAUGUUGCAGGCAGCAUCAUUGUCCCCUCAAGUAUCACUCCUCAUGAGUCUUCUGCAGAAUCCUUUCAGGUAGAAUACAGAGAGCCUAUCAGAAAUGCUUUUCCUACCAGGUUACUCCCUGAUCUGCAGGUCCCUGCAGCCCCCAGUAAGCCUCUCCCUGUCCCUCACCCACGUAAAUUUAAAAAGCCAGCCCUGGUGAGGCAGGAUGGCGUGGAGGGCAGCACCCAGGAUCAUGGGGCAGAGGAUCAAAAACAGGGGCUUGAGGGGAAACUGAGUCUAGCUGGUCUGUCUCUCAGUUCAGAGGGCGAGGAGCUCAAACAGGACACAUGUGAUGACACUUUAGCCCAAAAAGACUUGGAAGGUUUGGGAGAGGAUGAGAGCGACGCACCUGUCCCCCCUCCUCGACAGACCUCCCUCUCACCUCGCCUUCACAGAACAGUCCACGUGCCCUCUUCUCUGAACAAAAACACCUCCCACUCUUUAGUCCUGCUCUCACAUGCUGACUCAUUGAGCCACAAAAAUGAGGGCGAGCAGCACCGGGUGGAGGAGGACGAAGAGGACGGGUACGGCGACUUUGAGCGCUACCCGAUCACUCACAGCCUCCCCAAACAGAUCAAACUUGGCUGUCAUCCUCCUCUAGCAAACGCAAGGAAAGCCUUUUCUGCCGAGGAUCAGCAGUCACCGAGGGCGCCGCCCAGAAAACCUCAGAGACACAGCCUGCCAGCACCCCCUCCACCCUCCAUCUGCCCUCCUGCACCUCCACAUGCUAACACCCCCAUGAGGGAGCUGCCUGCGCCGCCUCAGGAGAAAACGGCCUGGCGCUUCACCCGACCUUGUGUGACCUUCUUCAACCGGCAGAUACCCACCAGGAGCAGCAUGCCGCCAAAGAGCCGAGCUCCGGCUCUGGGGGGCAAGCAGAGGGCGCAGUCCUUCUCUGCAGCUGACCUGGCAACCCGAGCCGACUCUCACAAAAGGAGCCUCUCUUUCCGGAAGCUGCUGGAGCUCAGGCUGUCUGUCAAGAUGCUGCCAAAGCUGCUGGCAAAGGGAGGUCAGUCCCUGGACUGUACCAGCGUGGAGUCAAAUAGGGCGGAAAAAAGCCUGGAGCGGCCCAAAAGCUGCAUAGGGGAGGCUGAUAUUUGCGGAGAUGGUGGAGAGGAAUCAGUAGAGUAUGAAAACGUUCCUCUGUAUGAGGAGAUUCCCGAGUACAUGAACCUGCCAUUUCACAGUGCGAGGCUGGGCUGGCCACAUGACCCUGAUACUGCUGAUUCAGACAUCUAUGAGGUGCAGGACCCCUAUCACAAAUACCAGGACCUUGAGUACGAGAGUGGCUGGCUGAGCCAGGACGUCCACUCCGAGGAGGAGGAGAUCCACAGUUCAGACGAAGAGGACAACAGCUCCACCUCCAGCAAGGAGCACCUAGACAAAACUCAAGAGGACGAGAUGAAGAGGAAGAAGGUGGUGCACAUCGCCCAGGAGAUUAUGAGCUCAGAGAAAGUAUUUGUUGAUGUCCUGAAGCUUCUUCACAUAGACUUUCGGGAUGCUGUUGCCAAGGCAACCCGUCAGAAUGGGAAGCCGGUGGUGGAUGAGCGGAUCCUCAGCCAGAUCCUGUAUUACCUGCCACAACUCUACCAGCUCAAUAGAGAUCUGCUGAGGGAGCUGGAGGAUAGAGUGGCACACUGGAGCGAUCACCAGAGGCUGUCGGACAUCUUUGUCCAGAAGGGUCCUUACCUAAAGAUGUACUCCACCUACAUCCGCCAGUUUGACAACAACGUGGCUCUGUUGGACGAACAGUGCAGGAAAAACACAGCGUUCGCCACUGUUGUCAAAGAGUUUGAGAUGAGUCCAAGAUGUGCCAGUCUGGCUCUAAAACACUACCUGCUGAAACCAGUGCAGAGAAUCCCUCAGUACCAGCUGCUGCUCACAGAUUAUCUGAAGAACCUCCCAGAGGACUCUGAGGAUUAUAAAGACACACAAGCUGCCCUCAGCAUAGUUAAGGAAGUGGCCAACCAUGCCAAUGAUAUUAUGAAACAAGGGGAUAACUUUCAGAAGCUGAUGCAGAUUCAGUACAGUCUCAACGGUCACCAUGAGAUCGUUCAGCCGGGCAGGGUGUUUCUGAAGGAGGGCACUCUGAUGAAGCUGUCCCGGAAAGUCAUGCAGCCUCGGAUGUUCUUUCUGUUCAAUGAUGCACUCAUGUACACAACUCCGGUCCAGUCCGGCCAGUAUAAACUCAACAGUGUCCUCUCUCUGGCCGGGAUGAAGGUGAGUAAACCCAGCCAGGAGGCCUAUCAGAACGAGCUGAACAUUGAAAGUGUCGAACGCUCUUUCAUCUUGUCUGCCAGCUCAGCUACAGAGAGAGACGAGUGGCUGGAGGCCAUCGCCAAGGCCAUAGACGACUACACUAAGAAGAAAAUAACAUUCAUAUCGAGUCGAAGUCAGGAGGAGGCGGAGUGUGUCGUUGACAGCGGGGCCCCGUUAGGUUCAAAGGCUCCCAUCUGGAUUCCAGACCUGAGGGCCACCAUGUGCAUGAUCUGUACCUGCGAGUUCACCCUCACCUGGAGGAGGCAUCACUGUCGCGCCUGUGGGAAGGUGGUGUGUCAGGCAUGCUCUGCCAAUAAGUACUACCUGGAGUACUUGAAGAACCAGCCAGCACGUGUCUGUGAUCACUGCUUUGCUAAGCUGCAGGAGAAUAGUGACCGCUGUGCUUCCACAUCAGUUUCUCCUAUCAAAUCUGGAGCUUUCUCCUUCACUAGAAAACAGAAAAAGAUUCCUGCUGCACUAAAAGAGGUUUCCGCCAACACUGAGAACUCCUCCAUGAGCGGCUACUUAAACAGGUCAAAAGGCAACAAGAAGCAGUGGAAGAGGCUGUGGUUUGUCAUUAAGAAUAAAGUCCUGUACACCUACGCUGCCAGUGAGGACGUUGCAGCGCUGGAGAGUCAGCCCUUGCUCGGUUUUUUCCUGAGGGAGGAGAAGAACGGGCCGGCUCAGAAGCUGCAGUUUAAGCUGUAUCACAAAAAUACCCUGUUUUAUAUCUUUAAAGCCGACGACAUCCCCACUGCACAGAGAUGGAUCGAAGCCUUCCAAGAGGCAAUGAUUCUUGAACAGUAAUUUGGUUUCACAGCAGUGAAGUCAUAUCACAGCCCCGGAGCCAGUUGAUAGACAACUUACGACCCCUGAUUGAUCUCAGGUCAAGGGUCACCAGCUCAGGAAGGACUCCGGAUGGACUGUUUACUCUAAACAGAAACCCACUACAGAGCGCCACAUACUGUAUGUUCCCCCUCAAAGAAAUGGAUUCUGUUUCUCUAAACAUAGUUUCUACCAACAGCUACUGAUGCUCAGCAGUGCUGGUUGAGGUUACCGUUAACAGUUUGUUGCAGCUGUGGGUCAAAGGUCAAGUCCAGAAGCAUGUGUGUGGAAGUGAGACAGAACAGUUGUCAGUAACAUUUAAAGCCCUCGGAAAUCCUAGGAAGUCUGGAAAUUAUUUUGAACUGCAAACGGAUGAAGUUAUUACUUUUUGUGCGAAACAAAAUAUACAAACCUGUCUGUCUUCAUUCAGCAUGUUGAUAUUGGCGACACUCAGAAAUUCUAAACCUACUGUGUCAUUUUGUUUAAAAGAGAUGUAAGCGACAUUCCCUGCCCGCUAAAUGUCUCACUAGUGCACCAGCAUCUCAGACCAAAACAAAUAGGCGCUACUGCCCACCAGACUCCAUUGAGAAAAAUCAUCAUGAAACACACUUCAUUCAAACUCAACAGGAACAACAUAAAAUUCACCCAAGCUGUCUUUGGGAGGCUUUCCACUGUUCCACCAAUCACCAACUCUGGUUUGGUCAAAGUAAACCCUUAAUUCACCGAAAUGUUCUGGCUCUACGCCUCAGCUGGCAGCCGGGAAACGGGCUGCAAAAGCUGCAGAGAACAAAUGCGCCUGCCAAAGUACGUCCACUGAAAGUGUUUGUUUUUUCCCAGUGACAGCCUCAGAUUAUUAUUCUAAGUGCCUGACAACAUUAUGUGAAGGAUCCUGACAGAGAUGGACUUUUGUUAACAGUAAGAUCCUUUAUUUUGCUCUCACUAGCCCCCAGACUCCAUUGGGGGGGGUUGUUGUAACAUUAAAGCUACUUCAUUAAAGCUGAACAGAAACCGUAAAACUCAACAAAACCGUCUUGGUUAGUGUUUCCACUGUUCCAACCAUCACCAACUCUGGUUUGAUCGAAAUAAACCGUUAAUUCAAAGAAUUAGAUCAGAAAAGAAACAACCGUUGUAUCGCUCUCCUGAGAGCCAACAGUUUUACCGAGAAGGACUCACGUGCGCACGUGACCGGAUCAGCGACCGAAACAAAGAACAGGGAAGCUCGGAUGACAACAGACAUUAUCCUCUGCUUAGGACCCCAUUACUCCACUAUAUCUUUACAUAGCAAAUAGUAGUUUGCUGCUAUAUUAAUGUUCAGAAAUGGCAACGGCAAAAUCUAAAGAUAGAAUUUAAAAUGUCUGUUUAAGAGUUUAAUGAUUAACAAGGUGGGAUUUUACUGUGAAAAUCCGGCUUCUAUAAUGAAAGAGGAAGUUCUGCUCUUUAGUUUGAUCUCUCUGGUUAAGAGAUUGUUCUCUUUUUAUUUUUAAAUUCAACACACAAAACAUUUAAAACGUGGGUUAAAAACAUCCUGGAGAAAACUGGAAAUGUCAUGAAAAUUGUAGAUAGUUUUCAUACAAUUUUUUUUAAAUGUAUUUUUGCCUGUUUAGCCACAUUAGAUAUGGUUAAUGGAUAAAACUGUGUAUAUGGACAUGAAAGAGCAACAUUGACCUUUUUUUUAUAUCAAAGCCAAGAGCUUAUAUUUAUAAAAUAGGAAGAUUUAUUGUUUGAAAAGCACAGGCUGCCAGAUAUGUGGGGAGUCAGGGUUUGUUAGGAAAUAUGGUUCCAUUAAAACAAUUGUUCUUUUAAAUUUAAAAGAAAACUGCUUACAGAAAAUGGGAUUUUUUUUAUGAGCAAAUACUGUGGGAAGUAUAUUUCUAAGGAAAUGCUCAAAAGGAAGAAAAGAUUUUUAAUUUACAUGCUUGUUUUUGUAGACAUUGUGCCUUAUGUCUCCUGUUUUGAGAUAAAUUGCAAUAAUAUAGGUGCUCUAUUUGAAAUUUUUCACUAAAUCAGGACAAAUUUAAGCAUCCAGUUUGCAUGACUACUCACUUUCUAGCCAGGGUACUCUGGGUUUGUAGCUUUAAAAACAGUAGUUUUUUCAGGUCUGUGUCUUCUUGAUGAGUUGCCAUAUGUUGCACUACCCCAUUAGGGCAAUUGAGUUGAUUUCACAGAUGGAGAAACCCAAAUCCUACUUUUUUUUUUAGUGAAGGAUUAAAACGGUAAUACUGUCAUUAUAGCUCUUUCGCUGCUGCCGUCAUACAAUUUCAUGUAUGCCUCGUUCAGUUUGGGGCUAGCGAGGUUUAAUAUAAAUCUGCAGCAGCCUGGUAUGAAAAUGCCAGUCAGGAGCACCCAAGCAUGCAUUUCUUCAUGAUUGUACAUUAACAGUGACCAUUUGUAAACAUUCACUCUAUCAGAGUUAGAGUCUCCUAUAAACAAUGAUUCUAAACUGUCAGGCAACAGUUUUUAAUAAAAUAUAUAUAAAUAUACA